AAGUAAUAUUCACAACAGUGCAUCAAGAGGAAAAUGGAAGGAAGCAAUCAAGCUGCUCCAGUUGAUGUAGAGAACCCAUACAUUCCAUUAGAAACUUCCAUGAGACAGGAAUUGGGUAGGUUAUCUCCUUUAUCCUCUUCAUGUUGUAUUUACAGAGUUCCAGAGCGAUUGAGACUCGUAAAUGAAAACGCAUACACACCACAGGUAGUCUCUAUUGGUCCACUCCACCAUGGCAAGAAAGGGUUAGAAGCCAUGGAAGAGCAUAAAAAGAGGUACCUACAGGAAUUUCUAUGUCGGACCAAAGUAAGCUUGGAGGAUUGCAUAAAGAAAAUUAGAGACCAAGAAACAAGAUUAAGAAAUUGUUAUGCAGAAACCAUUGGAUUUAGCAGUGAUGAAUUUGUAAGAAUCAUUCUAGUAGAUGCCGCAUUCAUCAUAGAGCUCUUGUUGAAAAGCAAUUUCAGGACACCGAGAAAAGAAAAUGACCGCAUAUUUAACAAACCAGUGAUGUUUCAUGAUAUAAUGACUGACAUGCAAUUGCUUGAGAAUCAACUACCAUUCUUCAUUCUCGAGGAUCUUUUUUAUCUACAAGAAGGUACACUCUCUUCUGAUUCUGACACUUCUGAUGACAGACUUUCAACAUUUUUCAUUUUAAAGAGAUUAAGUUCUACAAAAAAAGUAGAACAUUUUUUGGAUCUUAUUUUAAGAUCGUUAUGCCAAUCAGAAGUUGUUCCAUCAAUACCAUUAGAAGAUCUAACUACACCUAGCGUGACAGAGCUAUACCAGGCGGGAGUGAAGUUUAAGGUGGGAUCGAGGAAAAACAUAUUUGACAUUCGAUUCACUGAUGGGAUUCUGGAAAUUCCAAAGAUCAAAGUAGAGGAUCACACAGAGAUCUCUCUAAGAAAUCUUCUUGCCUUUGAACAGUGUCAUUACCAGCACAAUUAUGUAUGUGAUUAUAUGAUCAUGAUGGAUCGUUUUGUGAACAACGCAAGUGAUGUGGAUUUGCUUGUUGAUCGUGGAAUUAUUGAAAAUGUUCUAGGUGACAGGAAAGAGGUGGCUGCUCUAUUUAAUAACCUUGGCAUUGGGAUUUUUGGAUCCCAUGACUUCACAUUUGCUAAUCUUUGUCAAGACCUGAACAGGUACUGCAGUUCGACAAGGCACAAAAGGAUGGCAAAUUUGAGACAAAAUUAUUUCAACACACCAUGGCGAACUCUCUCUGUCAUUGCAGCUGUUGUUCUCCUCAUACUCACUCUUAUCCAAACUGUGUGCUCUAUUAUCUCUGCUGCUAGAGCAUGA